AUGGUGCGAGUAAAGGACGGCCAAACAUCCAGGGCUCAGGCUCGCUGGAGCGCGGAUGAAAGCUACGACCGGUACAAGCGGUGGCCGCAAUGGCGGCCGUUGUUGUUCCUGGCUGCGGCCAUCGCCGUCGGUGUUGUUGCACUCAAAGAUGGCUUUUUCCACAGAUCAGACUUGUACCUGCAGGUGGUCUCGUUGAUUCCAUCCUCUCUCCUCUCAUUGGAUCAGCGUGUCGCAAGAAUCAUGGCCAUGACGCCUCUGAUGGACGGCCAUGAUGAUUUGGCAUGGAGUAUACGCUCGAACUUCCACAACCACAUCUACGACCAGGACUUCCGAUCCAAGUUUGAGAGUGGCGGGAUGCCGGACCAUUUGGAUCUGGUCCGGCUGAAGGAGGGCAAGCAAGGCGGAUUCUUCUGGAGCUGCUGGGUUGAUUGUCCAGCGGACGGGUUCGACUUCUCCAAUGCGAAUUACGCUCCCACUGUCAUUCAGGCGCUUUCGCAAAUGGACCUCAUACAUCGCUUGCAGGCCGCCCACGCAGACAUCUUUUCUCCCGCCACACUUGAUAGUACCACGGCCCUGACAGCCUUCAGGCGUCAUGGGAAGUUGCUCUCCCCGAUCGGACUCGAAGGGCUGCAUAUGAUCGGCCGGAAUGCCUCAAUGCUUCGUCUUUACUACACGCUUGGGGCAAAAUAUGUCACGUUGACCUGGAAUUGCCACAAUGCCUUUGCAGACGCUGCGCAGCUUUCGGUCGGUGAGGACUCACUUGUGCCGGGAGCUGCUAGACCGGCAGCACCGCAUUGGGGCGGCUUGAGUCCUCUGGGCACUAAACUCAUCCAUGAGAUGAAUCGUCUGGGCAUGAUGGUCGAUCUGUCGCACACCCAUCCGGCCACAAUGCACGACGUGCUUGCGGGCAACCAGACCAAGUCGUUCCCUGGCAGCCGGGCGCCCGUCAUCUUCUCGCAUUCGUCAGCCUACGCACUGUGUCCUCACCCGCGCAAUGUCCCCGACCAUAUCCUUCCUCUGGUCAAGCAGACCAAUUCUGUCGUCAUGGUGACUUUUGUCCCGGAGUUUAUCUCCUGUGUCAAUUCGACCAACCCGGGUACUACUUUGCCAACCUUCUACCCGGCCAACUCCACGCUUGACUGGGUCGCCGACCAUAUAAUGUACAUUGGCGACAAGAUCGGCUUCGAGCACGUCGGUAUCGGGAGCGACUUUGACGGAACCCAGGAUACACCGCGCGGGUUGGAGGAUGUGAGCAAGUUUCCCGACCUGUUGAAGGAGCUGUUGAGGCGAGGAUUGAGUGACGAUCAAGUCGAGGGCAUCACGGGCGGCAAUCUUCUGCGCGUGUGGAAGAGGGUGGAAGAGGUGGGAAGGGAGAUGCAGCAGGAGGGCGCAAUGCCACUGGAAGACGAUAUCUGA